AUGGCUCCCGCUCGUAAGGGAAAGGCUAAGGAGGAACAAGCUGUGGUUUCCCUCGGACCACAAGCUAAAGAAGGAGAGCUCAUCUUUGGAGUUGCGCAUAUCUUCGCCUCUUUCAAUGACACUUUCGUUCACAUCACCGAUAUCUCCGGACGUGAAACCAUCGUUCGAGUAACCGGAGGUAUGAAGGUUAAGGCUGAUCGUGAUGAAUCUUCUCCGUACGCCGCUAUGCUUGCCGCUCAGGAUGUUGCUGACCGUUGCAAGCAGCUCGGAAUCAACGCUCUCCACAUCAAGCUUCGCGCUACCGGUGGAACCCGAACAAAGACCCCAGGACCAGGAGCUCAAUCUGCUCUUCGUGCUUUGGCUCGCGCUGGAAUGAAAAUUGGAAGAAUCGAGGAUGUUACCCCAAUUCCAUCUGAUUCCACCAGAAGAAAGGGAGGUCGCCGUGGACGUCGUCUUUAA